CACGCAGAGUGCGGAAAUUCAUCCGGCUCUCCGAGCAGUAGUUGAUGUGGCGUCGGUCGGCGCUCGGUAGGUGAACUUUGGUUAGUUGUUUGGAAGCCCGGGAGCAGGUACCGAGAUGUCGGAUCCGAGCAAACAGGAGAUCUCCGCGAUCUUCAAGCGGCUACGGUCCGUUCCCACGAAUAAGGCAUGUUUUGACUGUGAAGCUAAGAAUCCCAGCUGGGCUAGCAUCACCUAUGGUGUCUUCUUGUGUAUUGACUGCUCUGGCACGCACAGAUCUCUUGGCGUACACCUGUCCUUCAUCAGAUCCACGGAGCUGGACUCAAAUUGGUCCUGGUACCAGCUGCGCUGCAUGCAGGUGGGCGGCAAUGCCAAUGCGAUGGCAUACUUCCAGCAGCACGGCUGCACAGCCAACGCAGCCAAUGCCAAAUACAACAGCCGAGCUGCACAACUGUACCGAGAGAAGAUCAAGGCCCUGGCCAUGCAGGCCACCAGGCAGCAUGGAACAGAGUUAUGGCUGGACAGCCAGGCUCCUAUCUCCCCAACAUCACCACAGAACAAACCGGAGGAUUUCUUUGCCUUGCACACGCAGGCAGGUCAUGAUGACCAGUCUAGUCUAGACCACUCGGCAACACUGGAACUCAGAACUCAGGAGAGCCUCAAAACCAACGAUGAGGAAGGGCCUAGUGUGGAUCGUCUGGGCGUCUCCCCCAAGGCAGCACUGGAGGCCUCCUCACUGAUCAAGAAGAAGCCAACUGCUGUCAAAAAAACGCAUGUACUCCUGCCUCUAAAUGCCUUCUGGCUCAGGAUGUGCAGUGGGAUUCAUGACAGACGAGUUGUCUCUCUCUCUCUGGUCCAGUACGAGGCGCGGACCAGACUGGAGAGGUUCUCCAGCAGCUCAGCCAUCAGCUCGGCAGACUUGUUCGAUGAUCAGAAGAAGCAGACUGGAUCCUACAGCCUGACAAAUGUCCUCCCCAACACGCCAGACAUCUCACAGCUGAAGCUGGGAGUGAAGUCUGUUGCCGGGAAGCUCUCUGUGAUGGCCAGUGGAGUCAUGUCAUCCAUCCAGGAUCGCUAUACCACGUGAUUCCCAGAUUCCUGUGGAUAUGUACUUUCUCCCUGCACAUUCUCGUACACCUGUCCUUCUCCAGAAUCACUGUUGCAUAUGUUGUCCUUCUGUAGCUGAGAAAUCCGUAAUUUCCCCAAAGUCUGGCCUGUUUGCCUGUGGAUCUAGUAGCACAACGGUGUGUUGGACAGGGUGGGAGGUUCCUUGCAGGAUGCAGUGGGCUCACUGCUGACCCAUGAACACUGAUGCCAUCUGCUCAACCCUCAGAGGGAUUUCUUUUCCCUCUCAUCUUAAACAUCUGGUAAUUUGUUUGGGAUUUGGUUUGGGUUGAUGAGCCUGACAUUCAUGAAGUUGUUUGGGUAUUCCCACAAUCAAGUCCUGUUCCUCAGCAAGUCUGAACAAGCCCUUUUUAAUGUCUGAUGAAACAGCUGUGUUAUGAAGUGUGGUGUCUGCCCUGUGAAGGGAGGGUUUUCUGGGGUGGCUAGUGUGAGGAUAUCAGGGUUUUGGGGAAAAAAGCACUUUUCCUUGGUCAGGACUGCUGUGUGUAUCCUUACUAUGUUACUUUAAAAUGUUGUUGAUCAUUUAGAAUUCUCCACUGUUGAGAACCUCUUUCCACGGUAGUCUGUUUUCACCCUGUUCCAAAGUGUUUCACUCCAAGAAUAACCAGAUAAUUGCCCUAAGAUGUGAACAAUCCCGGGAACAUGCCGAGUGACACACCAUGACACUUUUUAUGGUGUAACCCAGAGAAAUUGGGGUCUCCUCCCUUUUGUAUGUUCUUUAUAAUUUCACAACAGCACGGGGACUCCACAUUUCAGCAGUUGCCUAUUACUAUAUACACAAGCCAAAGCAUUAAAUAUUGUAGCUCUUUGCAAGUUGCCAUUACAAUUUUAUAUGUACAAGUCUGUUUUUAUUUACCCAAACGUUCAUUGUAGCUUUUGUCUAAUUGUAGCUGAUUUUUGUAAAAUGUAUGAGUCGUAAUCUUAUGUAAGCUACCGAUAGUUCUUUAAUUAUUACAGUGCAGUUGCUUUAAAUCGCAUUGUCUGAGAUACUGUUUUAACUCGUGCUUUUCACGUACUGAAUAUAUAAUCGGACGGUUCAGGUUUUUUGUGCAGCACGAGUUUGCCUUUAUCACAGACUGGUCGGUGCUGUUGAAUCUCCGACAUCUCCAUACAGCUGUUAGAAAUUAUUUACAGGCGAGAGUUACUGUGCAUUAGGACCUGAUUGAAUAGAGGGGAAGGGAGUUAAAACUAUAUCGACAGUGGAAUAUCCGGGGGAGUUGCUACGCGUUUCAUACUUAGCAUAGAUAAGAGUUUGAUUUGAAAUGUUGUUAUAUAUGGAAAAUGAUGAAUAAACGGUUUCGCGUACCCCUGUA